AUCUACGCCGUCGGCACGCGCGCGUCCGUCGCGCGCGCCUGCCCCGACGCGACCCUCGUCGACCUCGGCGGCGCGACGGUGCUGCCCGGCCUGACGGACGCCCACUGCCACGUCAUGCUCGAGGCCGCGCGGCGCCGCCACGCGGACGUGCGCGUGUCCAGGGACGCGGCCGACGCCGCGGCGAUCAUGGCCGCCUGGGCCGGGUCGCACGGCGACGCCGCGUGGCUCCUCGGCAACGGCUUCGACCAGACGACCUGGCCCGGCGGCGCCUGGCCGACGAAGGCCGACCUCGACGGUCUGGAGAAGCCGACGCACGUCUACCACAUCUCGGGCCACGCGUGCUGGGUCAAUUCAAGGGCGCUCGCGCUCGCGAACGUCACGAAAACCACGCCGGACCCGCCCGGCGGCACGAUCGUGCGCGACGCGGCCGGCGAACCGACGGGCGUCCUCACGGACAACGCCAUGGCCCUCGUCGAGGACCUCGUGCCGCACCCGACGGCCGCGGCCGUCCGCGCGAGCGUCGACGACGAGCUCAAAGACGUCGCGCGCCUCGGGCUCGCGGGCCUCCACGACCUCGCGGCGCUCCCCGGCGACGUCGCCUACUACGCGGCCCACGGGGGCGCGCUCACGGCGCGCGUCCACGUCUUCCGCGACGCGGCGGCCCACGGCUACGCGCCGCCGCCGCUGCCCUGGAAGCACGAGUCGGCGCUCGUGCGGGUCCGCGGCGCCAAGUUCUUCGCCGACGGCGCCAUGGGCUCCUGGACCGCGGCGAUGCUCGAACCCUACGACGACCGGAACACGACGGGCACCUUGGUCUACGAGGACCAGGCCGCGCUCGUCGGCAACGUGUCGCUCUGGCGCGCGGCGGGCUACCAGGUCGCCGCGCACGCCAUCGGCGACGCGGCGAACCGGGCGGUGCUCGACGCCUACGAGGCCGCGGGCGUGGCGCCGGGCGACCGCUUCCGCGUGGAGCACGCGCAGAUCUUGACCGACGCGGACCUCGGCCGCUUCGCGGCGCUGAAGGUGAUCCCGUCGAUGCAGCCGGGCCACUGCGCGGCGGAUCUUGGCUACGCGCUCGACCGCCUCGGCCCGGACCGCGCCGCGGGCGCCUACGCCUGGCAGCGGCUCCUGGAGACGGACCUGCUGGGGGGCGCGCUGCCCUUUGGGAGCGAUUACCCGACCGCGGGCGACGUCGACCCGCGGCUCGGGCUGCACGCGGCGGUGACGCGCCAGACGCCCGCGGGCGAGCCCGCGGGCGGCUUCUACCCGGAUCAACGGGUCGGCAACCUGCGGGCCCUCCGCGGCUACACGCGCGACGCGGCCUUCGCGGCGUUCCGCGAGGACGACUUGGGCGCGAUAGCGCCGGGCUACGCGGCGGACCUCUCGGUCUUCGACGUCGACCUGGCCGUCGCGGCGCCGGCGGCGAUCCUGGAAGCGGCGGUCGUCGCGACGGUCGUGGGGGGGCGGGUCGUCUACGCG